GCUCAGUUGAGCAGUAUUAACACAGCGUAGCAAUUUCAUCUUCCCAAACGUGAUCUCCUUUAACAACUGUGAGAACUCAAAUGCCUGUUGCCAGGUUACCGUCCAGCACUGUGAAAAGCGGGAUUGUGUACGCGAGCAGCAUGGAGAAGCGCCGCUGACUUGCGCCCAUCUUUAAAUAAUGAAUCACCGAAGCAUUCAGAAUAGAGGGAACACAAUGAAUAGGCGAGUGUGAUCGGGAUCGAAUCCGCAGCGUCGGAGCCGGGGGAAGCCAUGCAGCUCCAGUCUGCAGCACAAUGCAAGGUGUCCGGCUUCAUACUGAAUGAAAGAUGCGCCCUGUCUUCGAAAAUGGAAGUCCACCGUGAGCAGAGUAUCUGUCAGGCGCGGGCUGCUGUCAUGGUAUAUGACGACGCCAAUAAGAAGUGGGUUCCGGCUGGUGGAUCCACAGGCUUUAGUCGAGUCCACAUCUAUCACCACACUGGCAACAACGCCUUCAGAGUAGUGGGCCGUAAAAUUCAGGACCACCAGGUGGUAAUAAACUGUGCCAUUCCCAAGGGGCUGAAAUACAACCAGGCCACGCAAACGUUUCACCAGUGGCGAGAUGCACGGCAGGUGUACGGCCUUAACUUUGGCAGCAAAGAAGAUGCCAACGUAUUUGCCAGUGCCAUGAUGCAUGCCCUGGAGGUGCUGAACUCUCAGGAUGCAGGCCCCCCGUUGCCAAGACAGACCCCUCAGGUGCAGAAUGGCCCUUCACCAGAGGAGCUGGAGGUACAGAGAAGGCAGCUGCAGGAGCUCCAGCGUCAGAAGGAGCAAGAGCGGGAACGACUGGAGCGAGAGCGGCUAGAGCGGGAAAGGCUGGAGCGAGAGAUGCUGGAACGGGAGCGCACGGAAAGGGAACGUCAGGAACGGGAGCGUCAGGAGCGAGAGCGGCUGGAGAGGGAACGUGCCGAGCAGGAACGUCUGGACCGCCUGGAGCGUGAGCGCCAGGAGCAGGAGCAGCUGGAGCGAGAACGCCAGGAACGGGAGCGCGCCGAGCGGGAGCUGAUGGAGAGAGAGCGUGUGGAGAGAGAGAAGCAAGAGAGGGAGCACCAAGAGCAGCUGGACAGAGAGCAGAUGGACUGGGAGAGAGGGAGACGCAUCUCCAAUGCAGCAUUUGAAAGCACCCUCUACACUCCUCCACCUCCCGAAUACAAGACCACUUCCUCCUCACCCGUCUCUCCUUCCACACCCAGCUACCCUCCACCGACGCCAUCACCCUCCACAGCCACUCCUCCGACCCCGCCCCUGCGUCACUCGGCCUCUCGAUUCGCCACGUCGCUGGGCUCCGCCUUCCACCCGGUCCUGCCUCAUUACGCCACUGUCCCUCGCAGACAACCUGCCCCGGCCACACCGCCGCCCCCUGCCCCAGCUCCUCCUCCAUCAGCUCCGGCCUCCAAAUCUGUCAUCUGGACAGCUAACAACUUUACUCCCUUACCGCCUUCCCCUCCGGUCAUGAUCAGCAGCCCCCCUGGGAAGGCAACGGGCCCUCGCCCGAUGAUCGCAAUCCCAGCCCCCAGUCCGCUCUCCCAGAAACCCCCUUCGCCCAUCUCGGCGCCCAAUGGGCCGCCCACCUCGCUUCACUUCCACACCUCAUCCCCCGUCUCUGGCCAGCCAUUCUCUUCGCCCCCGACGCCACCCCCACCACCGCCCCUGUACUCUCCCUCACCCACCUUGCCCAUCGCUCCCCUUGUGUCUUGUCCCUCACCCCAGCCUGCUGUUCUCCCUUCUCCUUCCACAGCCUUCCCCGCCUCUGCUGAGCACUCUGUAAACUCUGGGUUGGGAGACUCCUGCUCCUGUGCUCCAGAGCCGCCCACUCAGCCUGCUGACUUCCCCAGCCAGCCGGAUUCAGUACAGGGGAUGCCAACCCCUCCACCCCCACCACCCCUCCCUCCCGGCUCUACUGUGACUCCCACCACUGCUGGACCUCCGCCACCCCCUGGUCCCCCUCCUCCCCCACCACCUCUGCCCCCCACACUUACCCCAACAGGGCCUCCCCCUCCCCCUGGGCCACCACCUCCACCCUCAGGUCAGGCUCCGCCACCAGCACCACCUCCACCCCCUGCCCCACCUUUGCCCUCGGGUCUGUUCACCCCCUCGCCCACCACGGAGGAGAACAAGGGCCUCUCUGGGCUUGCAGCCGCCCUUGCUGGAGCCAAGCUAAAGAAAGUGCCAAGGAGUGAUGAGCCCCUAGCUCCAGCUGCAGGAACCGCGGUGAGUUCUGGUGGUGCCAAGCCUGAGGCAUCCCGUGGGAAUGGUCCUUUACCUGGAGGAGGAGGUCUAAUGGAGGAGAUGAGCGCCCUGCUGGCCAGGAGGAGAAGAAUUGCUGAGAAGGGAUCAUCACCAGAGCCCGAGCAGAAAGCUGAUGACAUUGAGGCUACCAUAACUCCAAAAGUGUCAGCCUGUAGCACACCAGAUAUGCCCAGAAAGCCUUGGGAGAGGACAAACACCAUGAAUGGUAGCAAAUCACCAGUCAUUGGAAGACCAAGGUCUACACCAACUCCUACCGGAUCCAUAAGUGCCAAUGGGGUGCCAACAGAAGCUCUUGACUACGACAGAUUGAAACAGGACAUUCUAGAAGAGAUGAGGAAGGAACUAUCAAAGCUGAAAGAAGAACUUAUUGAUGCAAUCAGGGAGGAGUUGGGCAAGUCAAACUCUGCAUAGGAGGAUGAGAUGCACCUGUAUUUUUUAAUCACAAUCUGUCACUUCAGAGGUCAGCUUCAGUUAUCUCAAAAGCAAUGAAAAUGGAAAAUUACAGUUUUAACCAGUGGUGAUCACAAUAACCAUGUUGAUUCGGUGGAUCUGUCAAGUAUGAUGCCGGGAAAGACAAACUUUGAGCGUGGGGGCACAGGAGGCGUAUCAGCGAGAGGAUAACCAGACGCCUCAAAGCAACGCCAUACACCAAAAGCCCCAUCUUGAGGGGAGUCAGGAAACAGUCUUAAGGAAGUGACUGUCAGUAUGCAAUGGAUGACUUUUACUAUGGAAAGAAAAUAAACAAACUAUUACUGAAUUACAUACUGUAUUAACCAUUGAAGAGUGAAAUUGUAAAUCAAGCAGAUGACAUUCAUUCUACGGCACAUUGUUUAGCAAAGGGCAGGCUUUGUUUAUGAAUUUAAAAGAUGGUAAUGGUGGUGGUGAAGUAAUGUUAACUCAGUUGGCCUUGUAUAGAGCAAAACCUUGAAUCUGGCCAACCAAACGAGUAUGGUCUAUUGCUGCAGGACUCUAAAGCUUGUCUUCCUACUAUUUUAACCAGAAUAUGUACAUUAAAGUGAUGACAAAAUAAACAUUAUACCUGCAAGUCAUUCAGUCAACCUGUUCUAAUGUACGCCAUGACCACAUCAGGUAGCUUACUCGCUCUUUUGGUCGGUUUUUCAUUAUUAUUCAGACUUCUCUUUUCAAAAGUGAAUGCUCCACAGGCUGUCUCUAAUGAUCCACUGUUACCUGUAUACCUUCUUCGUCUUGUGUGUUCGCUAAAUGUUCGGGAAGAUCACGAAGGACAAUGCCUUUCUACUGUACAUCAUUGUAGCUCUCUACCAAAAUCCUCUCAGCCAAUCGAAGUUAAGGUUGACGUCAACGUCAGCUCAGACCGUAUCUGUAGAUAGUGCUAACCAGAAAUACUAUGAACUUUUUAUUCACCGUAGGCUCUUUUCGUAUUUCUUUCGAUUUCAGUGCAUGUCUUCUUAUGAACGGUAAGGGAAAAAAUGGUUGCCACGAAAAAUAAUUUUGUUUUCAGUUCAUAAGCAAUAAGUGUAGCAUUGUUACGCAUUUUUCUGUCCCUUUGUUCGUUUUUUAUUUUGAUCAUCCACUCUGCCCUCAAAUUGUGGAUGAAUGUUCUCCAUAAGCAUUCUCAAAGUGCAGUUCACAACAGACACCUCUUUAUAGCCAUAAUAAAUUUGCAGGGGUAUGACAUUUUACUCAUUUUCCUUUUUAUUUUGGGAUUCAAGGAUGUGAAAGAUCAUGUAUGGCAAAUUAUUCAUUUUGCAUGGGGUGUUAUUAACCAGCUAAACAAGUCUGGAGUGUCUAAUGAGGGCCAAGCAACACAUCUUUUUGAAUGGGAUUUUUUCUUCGUCCAAUCGUUUAUUGUUUAACCUCUUUCUGCACACCGGAAGGCACUCGACUCGACUUUUUCUUUCAGAGGGGCUUUAUCUUCCAACACACUUUUGUUAGGGAACUUUUAUUGGGAAAUGUGCUUUUUAAGACCGAAAUCUUUGUACAAACAUGAAGUGUGAUUAUAGGCUGUGCAAAUUUUGAGGAGAAUAACUGAGAACAUUUGUGACGUUCUCUCAGAUCAGAUUUUUCCUCAGUUAUCCAUUUCCCCCAUGCCAUGCUCACUUGUCAAUCCUUUGUAGUUUUUUUUUUUUUUCCACUUGAGUAGUUCAAACCCAUCACUCGAAAAUAAUCUCUCAAGGAAUCAGAACGUUUGUAUAGAGUGUUUACAGCAUUGAUUGCACUUUAAAAACCCGUAGAAAUUCAAAUGACUCUCUUGCUGACAAGAUGGCCGUCACUUUUUGAUCGGCAGUAUCACCAAAGCUAAAUGGUAAUCUCUAGAACGUCACACUCUCCUGAUCCACCUUUGUUUUGACAACAGAUAACUAUUGUUGAUUGGUCUUUAGGUUAAGAAGUGAGGUCAUAUUAGGUUAAGCAAAAUGUUUUGAUCAGGGUUGAUUCAUUCCUGGAUAAACCUGUUUGUGAUCUUCAUGGUUUGUGCCUUGUUCGGAAGUUGCAUUUGAUAUGUCAAAAAUGUAAAAGCGUAUAUAUAGAGAGUAUUAAUUUAGGGCCUGCCAUAACUUUAUUCAUUUGUUUUGCAUUUCGCUUCAGUGAGUUACAAAGGACGCUUUUACGAUCUUUGUUUAAAAUCAAACAUGCAUUCACAUUCUUCUCUCAGUGUCAUUUUUUUUCUGUUGCAUUACAGUGUGGAUUGUGUUAUGGUUAAGACCGUGUAUGCUGGUGGGAUCUGAGAAAUGAUCUUUAUCAUGAUGGAAAUCAGUUGAACAAUUUUAGCAAAACAUUGAUGGUAUUGUCAGUACAUUGAGACUCGAUUAUGAGCAGACUGUGCUGGUCAGAUUCAACCGAAUGUCCUUGUAAUGCAGUUUUCAGUUUCCUUAUCUUUCUUUUUUUAUCGUUCAUGUUGUACCAUACUGUUUUCAUGUUAAUUAGAAGUUUCUUACAUGCUAACAUUGUUUUGUUUGAGCAAAUUAAAUAAAAAUUGCAAUACA